GAUGAGCAAUGCUUUUUUAUUCUUUAAAACUGUUUAAUUCACAUUUGAACGAUUGAGUAACGAGACAACUAACGUACAAUAGCCAUGACUCACGAUUAUUUUUAUAGUUUUUGUAAACAAAAGAGUGGUUUUGCGGUUUCCUGAAAAAAGAUCGUGAGAAGAAGCAUAUAAAUACAGUCUCCACGGGUUUGCUUUAAAAAACCAGUGACUUGCAGGAUGGACGCCAACACGGUCUCCCAGUCGCCGAUGGGCGCCUUUGGCGUCAAUUUCUACAAGGCCAUAGGCGAGCAAAGCGGCAAUCUGGUCGCGUCGCCACUAAGCGCGUACUUUGCCUUGGCGAUGGUCCUGAUGGGCGCCCGCGGCAAGUCGGAGAGUGAAAUGCUCAGAGUCCUCAGACUCCCUGCCGGUCUAUCUGCAAAAAACGAUAUUGAGCGUCUCUUUGCUGAACUCACUAGUCAUUUGAAUAGCAUGCAACAGGUGGAAUUGUCGUUGGCAAACCGGGCGUUUGCCGCUGCGGACAUAAGAAUCAAACCUGAUUACGCCAAAUCUCUGACGAAGACUUUUUCUUCUCAAAUCGCAAACGUCAACUUUGCCGAUCGAAAUACUAAAAAAUUAAUUAAUGAAUGGGUCGAGAAGGCGACAAAAAAUAAAAUAAGAAAUCUUUUUGAAGAGGAUUUUAACUCCGCAACCAGACUGGUUUUGGUCAACGCAGUUUAUUUCAAGGGGAGCUGGAAGAACGCAUUUGACAAAAAACUGACGUCCAGCCAGAAAUUUAAGACCGGUGGUUCAAGCGUGCAAGUCCAAAUGAUGAGCCACCCUCGCAAAUCUUAUUUGUACCGAAACCUGGAACAGUUUAAUGCCCAACUUCUUGAACUGCCUUACAAAGGUGACGAAUUAAGUAUGGUUAUCAUUUUGCCAAAUAAAGACGAUGGAUUGGCGGAGCUGGAAAGGAGUUUGGGAAGAUCGGACAUAGCUGAACUUUUGUCAAAAGCCUCGAACACAAGCAAUGUCAUCUUCUCUAUGCCAAAAUUUAAAAUUGAAACAUCUCUGAAGCUCAACGCCUAUUUGCAAAAAAUGGGCCUCGUUGAUAUUUUCACGAAAGGAGCUAAUUUGACAGGAAUCGCGAAUGAAUCAUUAUCUGUGUCAACUGUUGUUCAGAAAGCAUUUAUCGAAGUGAAUGAGGAAGGAACGGAAGCUGCGGCUAGUACUGGCAUCGGAAUAGGACUCACUUCGGUUCCAAAUUUCACCGUCUUCAGGUGCGACCAUCCUUUUCUUUACUUUGUGACAUUCAAACGUUUGUUCACCCUGUUUGGAGGAAGAGUGAUGAAUCCCGCUGCGUAAAAUUCAUAAAAAAUAAUUAUUUAUUUUCGGCUUGUAUUGUAUCCAUAACUGUAAAUAAUUGCAAAAAAAAAUCGAAUAUAUUAUAUUGAUUUUUUAAAUAAACAUAUUUUC